AUGACUCAACAACCAUCACUGACCCUGGAGGGGUUAGACUUGGAUGGUGACCGAAGUUCCAUCGGCUGCAAAUGGGAGAGAUGGAAGCGGUCAUUGUAUAUAUAUAUUGACGCGGCUGAUGUCAAAACAGAUGUGAAGAAGCGAGCUACAUUACUGCACUUCGGGGGAACAAGCCUGCAAGAUAUUUUCUACAACUUACCUGGUGCAGAGGUUGAAGCUGCAGCGGGUGUAGAUGUUUUCGACACAGCAAUAAAAAAACUUGACGAAUACUUUGUUCCCAAGACUAAUCGAGUCUUUGAGCGUCACAUGUUCAGACUGAUCAAGCAGGAGGAUAAAGAAAAAUUUGAAAGUUUUUUAGUCCGACUUAGGAAACAAGCUGAAAAAUGCAGUUUUGACAAAAAAGAUGACCACUUGAUUGACCAGAUCACGGAAAAAUGUAAUUCAGCUGAACUACGCAAGAAAAUCCUUACAAUAGGUGACAGCAUUACUCUAGAAAAGAUAGUGACAGAGGCGAAUACCUUAGAAGUUGUCAAUGACCAAUUAGAAAUAUAUGAGGAAAAAAAAACAGGAAGCCUAGAUAAUAAGAAAGAAAACCAAGAAGUUAAUGCCAUUUACAAUAGAAAUAAGAAGGAUGGUGCUUACGGAACUAAGAAGGAUGGUGCUUACGGAACUAAGAAGGAAGAAACACAGAGAAAUAAUAAUACAAAUUGUGGACGUUGCGGGAAGCAUCAUCAAACAGAUUACAAAGAGUGUCCCGCGUUAGGUAAAACUUGUUAUGGAUGUGGCAAGAUGGGGCAUUUCCGUCAACACUGCAGAACAAGUGGUACAAAAAGGAAAUUGGAUAAUCACUCGAGUAAAAACAUAAAGGGAAACAAAAAAGCAAGAGUUGAAGUAGAUUAUGUUUUUAAUAUUGACAACGAUGCCAUUAUUGAAUGCACCUUGGGUGGAAUCAAGACUAAAUUGCUAGUUGAUUCUGGUUGCAAACCCAACCUUAUUACAGGAGAAACUUGGGAAAGCUUGAAAAGUUUAGGAGCCAUAGCAACCAACCAAACACCCAACCCAACCAGAUCUCUUAUGGCAUAUGGCAGUCACACUCCACUCAAUGUUAAAGGAGCAUUUGACACUACAAUUGAGGCAAAUGGCCGCGAAGAAUACGCAACAGUUUAUGUUAUUGCGGGAGGCACGCAAGACUUGUUGGGCAGGGAAACUGCAACACGUCUGGGCGUUUUGAAAAUUUGUGUAGAUGUAAAUAAGAUUGAUGAAGAUGUCAUGUCACAACCGUUUGCCAAGCUCAAAGAUGUACUGGUAGAAAUCCCUAUUGACAAAAAUGUACUACCAGUAUCACAGCCAUAUCGGAGAAUACCAUUGCCUAUAGAAAAAAAAGUUGAGAACAAGAUCCAAGACUUACUUGCUCGAGACAUCAUUGAAGAAGUUAAUGGACCUUCACGAUGGGUGUCUCCAAUGGUGCCCAUUAUGAAAGAAAAUGGAGAUUUACGGCUAUGUGUGGAUAUGCGACGUGCCAAUACUGCUAUUUUAAGGGAAAAUCAUCCUUUACCAUGUAUGGAUAAACUAUUACCAGAAAUUGGGAAAGCUAAAUAUUUUAGCAAGCUUGAUAUCAAGGACGCUUUCCACCAGUUGGAAUUACACCCAGAUUGUAGACACAUAACCACCUUUAUAACAGCUAAAGGGCUCUACCAGUAUAAAAGACUCAUGUUUGGAAUUUCUUGUGCUCCGGAGAUAUUUCAAAAAGUUUUGGAAAAACUCUUAGUUAAAUGUGACGGAGUGUUAAACUUCAUUGAUGACAUAUUAGUUUUCGGAGACAAUGAAGAACAGCAUGACAUGCGACUGGCAAUGGUGUUGAAAGUGCUUAAGGAGAAUGACAUACUACUCAAUGAACAGAAGUGCAUAUACAAGGCCAGGAAAGGUGAAUAUUGCUGA